AUGAUAGUGGAAAGAGACUCAUCGCAUCAAGGCGGCAGAUUUGUUCUUUGCGAUCCGAAAGCAGUGGAAGAAGACAAGUCUAGUACAAACUUUGAAGAACCACAAGGACUACCAUAUGACAAUGAAAAAGUAACAGAGGGUAGAACGGGUAGAAGGUAUAUAGAACGGGCAGAAGAUGCCGAACGCCAAGCAUUUGCAAGUGAACAGCAAGGACGUGGAGGCUCUUUGAUAAAGAAUAUGCGCCCUUUACAGAAGACGUAUUCUAAACCAGUUUCAACCAAUCUAGUUGCUGAAGAUGGUACGAGUUUACAGAACGAUAAACAUAAGUUGAAUCGUUGGGUCAAACAUUUCAAGGGAGUGGUAAAUUGGCCAGUUGACGUCAUUGCUGUCUCCAUCGAUGAUAUUCCCAUUGUGUCUUCGUUGUCCAACUCAUGUCCGUCAAACGACGAGUUAUCUAUUCCCCUUUCUGAAGAGGAGAUCAAAUCAGCCAUCUCCCAGUUAAGAUCGGAAAAAGCACCUGAUAUAGAUGAAAUAUUCUUAGAGAUGCUCAGCUUGGGUGAGGAUGUGACUAUUCAGUGGCUAAAAUCUAUCUUUGGUGUCAUUUGGGCGACUGAAUUAGUUCCGUCGGACUGGCAAAGUCAACUUCUCGUGCCUCUGCACGAGAAAGGAAGCCAUACCAUCUGCGACAACUACAGUGGUAAUUCAAUUUUAAGCAUACCUGGUAAGGUGCUUGCCAAAGCUAUCCUAAAUCGCCUCAAGCCCAGAGCAGAACAACUUCUCCGUGAAAGCCAGUGUGGUUUCCUUUGCGAUAGAAGCUGUGCCGACCAACUUGUUUUUCUUCGGCAAUUGAUGGAGAAAGCACGACAAUAUCACCAUCCCGUCUAUGCUUGUUUUAUUAUAAAAGUUGCCUUCCAAGUUGCUUGCCAUUAUUCGUGCCUUACACGAUCGCGAGGAUUCCAGCGCUGCAGUAAAGCUUAUGGGAAGGUAUUGGACAAGUUCCCUGUCACCAACAGUGUCCGGCAAGGCUGUGUGUUGGCACCUGUCUUAUUCAAUUUAUACUUUAACGUUGCCAUUCACAUGGCUCUGGAUAAGCACAGAUCACGACGAAUGGGCAUCAAAGUAGCCUACCUUUAUGAUGCUGAUCUUGUCGAGAACCGGAAGACUCUGAGGUUUGAAUCAUUGGUGACUGAUCUGGAGGAUGUCGACAAUAUGGCUCUUCUCUCUGAGAAUUGGCUUGACCUCACCACAAUGCUCAACUCUAUCUAA